UGCGGGGGGUAGGGGCUCUGACAGUCACACGCCCUGAGAUCGCCGCGGGACGCUGCGGAGCUCUGCCCGCGGCAGCCGGCGCUAGCUCUGCGCUAGCCUCCUCCGCCAGGCACCCGGCCGCCCCUUCGCCUGCUCUUCGGCGGCACUUACGCAACUUCUCCCGGCAAUAAAAUACUUCUGAAUGGCACCGAAUUAAAUGCGUCCGCACGCUCUUUGUGUAAAUCCCAACCCAAACGGGGCCGGACUUCCCUGCCGCGUUUAUGGAGUUGGAGUGUUGCUGUCUCCCUUAAGAAUUGCAUAGUUCUGGCUAUUUCUAGUGCCUGCUGGGGACUCUGGCCAGUGAUCCUGUCACACUGAAGAUGACAACCCUUAUAUUCAUAGACAAAGAGAAUGAAGGAGAUGUUGCUGCUUCUAAGGAUCGGCUAAGGUUGUCCUCAGUAUCUUCAAAAGUCUUAUCUGAAAGAUCACAGACCCAGACUCCACUUGUUGGAAGAACAGUUAAUGCAACUCCAGCCAGGUCUCAGUCUGUCAGAAAGGCUCUGGGAAAUGUAAACAGGACUCUGGGAACCACAAACAAGAAGGAAACUCAGAAACAGAAAAAACAGGCUUUGCCUACCAAAAAAAUUACUGGAAAGACAACUCCAGUGGAAAGCUGCAGUGUGGCCACUGAAGAAGCCUAUCCAGAAAUUGAAAACUUCUUUCCCUACAAUCCUCUCGACUUUGAGAGUUUUGAAGUUCCUGAAGAACACCGACUAAGCCACAUGUCACUGACUGGAGUUCCUCUAUUGAUACUUGACAAAAAUAUACCUGACAGAUGUAUAAACAUGGUCCCUUCACCUGUGAAGCUGUCCCACAUUUCAUGGGAAUGUGAAUUGCUACAAUCAACUGCCAACUUUCUCUCUACCUUGGAUGAAAUCAUUGACUUGCCACCUUUGUCAUGACUUUUAAAGUGAAUUUGGAAGCCUUUUUUAUUGAGCACUGAACAGCUUUGAAUCUUUUUUGUAUCCCUUAAUAAUAAAGAACUAGGUUAACUUGCAUAA